GCGGAGGGGGUUGGGUCGGGUGGGCUUUCAAAAACUCACCUAAAUUGCCACAGGCUGCAAUUAGAAUCGUAAAUGGGUUAAAGGUAUGUUAUUGCGUUGCUAACGUAACGGGGCAAGGUGCCAGACCAUUCCUUCCACAGGCUGUCAAAAAAACGCCCUUCCAAGCCAACCCCGCAAAGGAGCCAUUCUCAAGAAACCCAGUGCAACCUCAACUUUUGCCCAAAUGCUUUCAAACAAGCCUGACCGCCUUUUCCGUUACUAUUUUUGUCUCGUGUCUAUUGGGGUGUUCUGCAACCAUGGGGGCCGCCAGCGGUU